AUGCCGGCACUUCCUCAAUUCGACUACAUCUUUGCUAUUGGCACAAUCUUUGCAUUUCUUGAUGCAUGGAACAUUGGUGCCAAUGACGUUGCAAACUCUUUCGCGACUUCGGUCGCUUCCCGCUCGCUCACACUCAAGCAAGCCAUGUGUAUCGCCUCCGUGAUGGAGUUCGCUGGUGCUAUGCUUGUCGGCUCUCGUGUCACUGACACUAUCCGUACCAAAGUUAUCUCAAUCAGCCUCUUCGAGCAGGAUCCGUCAGUUCUCAUGUUGGCGAUGACUUGCGCCAUCAUUGGCUCCGCUACCUACCUCACAAUCGCUACCAGAUUCACCAUGCCAGUGUCAACUACCCAUUCCAUAAUGGGUGGUGUCAUUGGUGUUGGCAUUGCAGCUGCUGGACCACAAGGUGUCAACUGGUCCUUCAAGGGAGUCUCCCAGGUUUUCGCUGCAUGGGGUAUCGCCCCAGGCAUUUCCGCUUGCUUUGGUGCUAUCAUUUUCCUGAUCACCAAGUAUGGUGUUAUGCGCCGCAGCAACCCAGUCAAGAUGUCUUUCAUCAUGGUCCCACUCUACUUUUUUCUCACAUCUUUCCUCCUCGCUCUCCUCAUCUUUUGGAAGGGCGGAUCGGCCAGGAUCGACUUGACUGACGCGCAGUCUGUUGGUAUAGCUCUCGGUGUUGGCGGUGCAGUAGCCGCCAUUGUCGGCACCUUCUUCAUUCCGUUCCUCUACCGCCGUAUCUUAAAGGACGAUUGGACCCUGAAAGGCUGGGAGAUCAUCAAGGGGCCCCUACUACUCCGUCGUCCUGAGCCCCAGGUCCGUCCCGAGGGAGUUUCAAUCGGUCGCAUUCCAGACUUCUACGCUGGCCAUCUAACCCAAGAGGAGUUGGAGGCAAGGCGUGCUGCCGAGUCUAACCAAGCUUCUGCCUCUGGUGAUGUUGAGAAGGGUGCUGCCCACAGCGUCAACCUCACUGCCCAUGCAUCCGACUCCGAUAUUACACCCGUGCCCUCAGUUGCGCCUGCAACCAUCUCUAGCCGGACGCUUUCUAAGCCUAAGAAGCAGCCUCCUCCAGGCCCAUGGUACACUCCCGCUGUCGCCUGGUACUGGCUCAAAUAUGCUGCUCUACGAGGUGUCGAGCAGGAUGUUGUCGAUCAAAUGAAGCAUAAGGAUUUCCUUUCUGGUGACAUUGAGAAGGUCCACGCCACGGGUGAACACUACGAAAACAGGGCUGAAUACACCUACUCAUUCUUACAAAUCCUAACUGCCUCCACUACUUCUUUCGCCCACGGUGCCAACGACGUCUCGAAUGCAAUCGGUCCAUACACCACCAUUUACUUCAUCUGGUCUACCGCCAAAAUAUCCAACAAGGUCCCCGUUCCCCUUUGGAUUCUUGCGUUUGGAGGUGCCGGUAUCGUCAUCGGUCUGUGGACGUAUGGCUACAACAUCAUGCGCGCGCUUGGCAACAAGAUCACGCUCCACUCGCCGGCGCGUGGUUUCUCUAUGGAACUCGGUGCUGCCGUAACUAUCAUCAUGGCCACGAAGCUUGCAUUACCUGUCUCUACCACGCAGUGUAUCACUGGGGCUACCGUUGGUGUUGGCUUAUGUAACGGUACAUGGAGGACGAUCAACUGGCGCAUGGUUGCUUGGAUCUAUAUGGGCUGGUUCAUUACGUUACCCGCUGCCGGUAUCAUCUCGGGCUGUUUGAUGGGCAUCAUUCUGAAUGCGCCCAGGUGGGGUAUGGGUGUUUAA